AUGACGACCCUCUCCCCACCGCCCUCGCUCGCCCAACUCGAUCUCACUCGCCAAUCGACCUCCUCGCCCGCACCCUUGACGCGCAACCCCGUCGCGCUCCGGCUGUACAAAGUCCUCGGCUCAACCUUUGACGAUAAUGCCUCGCGCGAGGCGCUGCUUACACUCUCCGAACUAUACACUACCCCCUCCAAACCUGGUGCUACCUCUGACGUCAACGGCAAUGGAGCCGAAGGAGUAGUAGUAGGGAACGGUUCUGGAGGAGCAGGCGCGCUAGCGUUCCUCGACGGCCCGCCCCCGGGCGAAAGCGCCGCGCUCGCACGGAGGAACUUGCGGCGGGACGUCGAGACGAAGCUGAGCGACGGCGCGCAGAAGUUUCUCAAGGCCUUCGGGGCCGUCGAUCGGAAGCUGGACACGCUGCAGGCGCACAUCAGCGAUAUGCGCGUGCGAUGCGACGACGCGCAGAAGCGGCUCGUCGCGACGAACUCGGCGUGUAGGUCUUUACUCGACAGAGCCGAGUCCCUGCGCGAAGAACGGUCAGACGUCGACCUGCGCCAAACGCUCGCCACGCUCUUCCUCGCGCGCUUCACGCUCGCGCCCGACGAGAUCGACGCGCUCGCGUCGCCCGACGCGCAGAUCGGCCGCGUCUUCUUCGACGCGAUGGAUAAGGCGCACCGGAUACGCGCCGACUGUCGCGUGCUGAUAUCGGGCGAGGAGCGGCCUUCGCAGGCAGGGACGGACGUGAUGGCCGCGACAGCCGGCUACUUGGAAAAAGCGUACGACAGGCUCUUCAAGUUCGUCUCCCUCGAAUUCCGCAACCUCGGGCGCGACGCCGCGCUCGAAGUCGGCUCCAACCUGCGCGAGGGUGUCAAGCGCCUGCGCCAGCGGCCCGAGCUGCUCGGAGAAAGCCUAAUGACCCUCGCCCAAACCCGCCGCGCCGCCCUCCUCGCCUCCUUCCUCUCCGCCCUAACCUCCCCAACAUCAUCCUCCGCGCGCCCGAUCGAGCUCCACGCGCACGACGCGCUGCGAUACGUGGGCGACAUGCUCGCGUGGGUGCACCAGUCCAUCGCGGCCGAGCACGAGUUUCUCGAAUCGCUUGGAGGUGCUGGAGGGGGAGGGGAGGGGCGGGAAGAGGACGCGUGGAUCGUGGAGCUCAUGGACGGCGCGGUGAGCGGGCUGUGCAGCCCGCUCAAGGGCCGCGUGCUGCAGGCGGUAAGGGGGCAGGACAACGCGGUCGUCGCGUAUAAGGUGGCGAGCCUGCUCGGCUUCUACGCGUUGACGAUGAUGCGGACUGUGGGCGAGGAGGCGCUGUUGUCGAAAACGCUGAAAGAGACGACGGACGCGGCGUACAAAGUCUUCUUCGACACGAUCGAGUCCCUCGGGCGCGCGCUCCUCCGCACCGAGCUCCCGCCCUCCUCCCCGUCCGACUCAGCCUUAACCCCGCCCGGCCCCCUCCUCACACACCUCCAAACGCUGCGCUCCAUCCUCGCGCUCCACGCCUCCGACACCGAGAACGCCGCGCCGGAAGAGAUGAACCGCGUACUGGAUACUAUGCUCGAUCCGGCGCUGCACUGGGUGUAUGGCGCGAGCGAGGAGAAGGAGGAGAAGGAGCGGCGGAGGGGGAGGGGGUGGGAUCGGAGGGUGUUUGUUGUUAAUGGGUUGACGUAUAUCAUGAGCGUGCUGGAGCCGUAUGCGUUCGCAAAGCAAAAAGCGACGAUCGUUGAGGGGUUGAUCGAGGAGCGCGUGGCGGAGCUUAUCGAGGAACAUUACGAGAACCUCCUCCAAGACACAGGCCUCGCCCCCGCGAUCCACACGCUCGACACCAAACAGCCCACCGACAUCCUCUCCCGCCUCCCCGCCACGACCCCCGCCUCCCUCUCAACCUCCCUCCACGCCUUCUCAUCCUGGCUCUCCGACCCCUCCCAAGAAACGCUGCACUCGCACCGCCUCUCGCACCUCACCGCGCCAUCCUUACACAACCGCAUCCACCGCGCCGCGCUCUUGCGGCUGGGCAGGGCGUAUGAGAGGCUGUGUGUGGAGGUGAGGAGGGAAGGGAAUCGGUAUGAGGCGGCGAAUACGGUGCUUGGGAGUGAGCGGCCGUUUGGGAGUGUGGGGGCGCUGUGGCAGAUUUUUGGGAUUGAGGAGGGGGAGGAGGAGGAAGGAGAGAAGGCGUGA